AAAUCGGCCAUAGCUUACCCUAGUCAGCCUGGUGGUCUAGCUUACCCUAGUCAGCCUGGUGGUCUGGCUUCCCGGUCAACAUGAAGGUGCUCCUUAUUCUCAGUCUUCUUCUUUCUGUCACUGUCCAUGGCAAGAUCUAUGAACGGUGUGAAUUUGCCAGAACACUAAAAAGAAAUGGAAUGGAUGGCUUCAGGGGAGUCAGCCUGGCAAACUGGGUGUGUUUGGCCAGAUGGGAGAGCAGUUAUAACACACGAGCUAUUAACUACAAUCCUGGAGACAAAAGCACUGAUUAUGGGAUAUUUCAGAUCAACAGCCGCUACUGGUGUAAUGAUGGAAAAACCCCAGGAGCAAAAAAUGCCUGUGGCAUACAAUGCAAUGCUUUGUUGCAAGAUGACAUCACUCAAGCCAUAGCUUGUGCAAAGAGGGUCGUCAGUGACCCACAAGGCAUUAGAGCAUGGGUGGCAUGGAGAAUUCAUUGUCAAAACCAAGAUCUCACUCAGUAUAUUCGGGGCUGUGGCGUGUAACGGCAGAAUUUUCCUUCUUCAGCUCAUUCUUCUCUUUUUCACAUUAUGGGACUGGUAGUUCAGUGAAAGGUCACACUGCCAUUGUGUCCCCUUCAACAAAUAGUAUUUUUAUAGAAGCAGGAGCGAGUACAGCCUUUCUCCCAAGAGUCUUACUGUUCACUAGUGAGUUUAUUAUUUGAUACUAAUACUACAUUUUUCAGUCUACCCAUAGUAUUAAUCCUGGUGAAAAUUUAUUUUUACCUGGAUUAUCAAAUACAUCUCCAGUAAAAUCAGUUCUUUGUCAAUGAAAUAAACCAGAUUUAAUCUAGAUAUUAAGCUGUCCAGUUUUACAUAAAAAUAUAACAAGGGAUUUUCUUGAAUUGAUAUUAGGUAAAAUGCCAGCCAUAUAGGCAUCUGAUGCCUGCAUCUGUUCAGUCCUCUCCAAAAACAGUAAAAAUAACAACUCUAUUGGACAAGAUAAAAAUUUUAAGGAAGUAGAGUUUUAAAAUGGUUGGAAAUGGAGACUGUUUUCAUGAAGUGUAUGACCUUUGGUUUUAACAUUUUCUUAGAAAUGAUGUAUUUAUAGUACUUUAAAGGUAGAUUUAUCAAUCUCUUUUAACCCUUGGAAGAACGCUUACAAUGCAUCUUGCUAAAGAGGAAGGCAUUAAGGAGGGAUUAAUAAGCUGUUGUUUUUUAAUUUUGUUUACAUUGAUUCAUGCAUUUCAGCUAAAUCAGAGACAGGUUAACUUCUAUUGUAAUUAAUCACAGGAGUAAAGUUUUGCAGACUGUAGUUGUAAUAAAUACACACCUAACCAUUAAUGCA